GUCUCGCGGAAUUUCUCCACUGUGCAACUUCCAAGUGACAAUGCUUCACGUUCGGCUGGGAUUUUUGUUCCUGUUUUGUGUCCUUGCGGCGGAAUACAGUGAAUGUUCAGAGUUUCUGCACACAUUGUCCUCGGCGCACAAUGACGUGGAAGUUGUCGUGGAAGCCAACGAGUGCGAAUUCGUGGGAUUUCAGAUUGUGAGGGAUUCUACUCCCGUUUUCCUGUCGAGUCUUGGACAUUCUGCUCCCUUCACUUCCGUGGUGAGGACCAGCGACAAUGAGAUGGUUCUCAUGAGCCAAAAGGACAAAAUUGUCCUCACAAUCGAAGAAGAUUCCCCGGGAAUUUUCCUCAUGAGGGUUUCGCGGAAAAAUAUUCCAGCUAGUGAAACAUUAAUGGAUUGUAUUUCUCUUGGGAGUCACGCUGUGCAUUGGUACGGAGGUCCUCAGCAGAAAUAUCAGUACUGGCCAGUUGAGAAGCUGAACCUCUCAGAUUACUCCUACGUGACCAAAGAGGCGGACAAUGCGGCUGUGGCGGAGAGAUACUGGCUCAAUUCUCUGGGAGCUUUCAUCCACCUUUCCGAGCGAAUUCCUCUGUUCAUCGACCAGAAUAAUAAGUACACCGAUCAACUGUGCUUUAUAGCCAAGCAAACACUGCCCUACAACACCCGCGUGCCAACCUAUGACUUUGAGUACGUCAUCGGAGUGGCGAAUGACGCCAGAGACGCUCAUCUCCAGGCUGUGGAGCGCUUCCUGGGGAAGCCCAGAGGAGUGCCGGAUGCGAGAAUGGUGGCCAGACCAAUCUGGUCAACCUGGGCGCGCUACAAGAGAGACAUCGAUUCCGAUGUUGUUUUAGAUUUUGCGCGUGAAAUUGUGAAGAAUGAUUUCACAAACAGUCAGUUUGAGAUUGAUGAUGAUUGGGAAAUAUGUUAUGGCGCACUGACUUUCAGAACAUCGAAGUUUAGCAAAAUUAAGCAAACUGUGGACGAUUUGAAAAAUAUGGGCUUCAGAGUGACACUCUGGAUUCAUCCUUUCAUCAACAAGGCUUGCAGUCCGUACUACGAAAAUGCAUUGGCUAACAGAUACUUGGUCUUGGAUCACAACAACAAGGCAGAUACUGAGUGGUGGAAUAGUGGGAAAGGAGAGGCGGCGUACAUUGAUUUCACCAAUCCCGAAGCUGCAGCGUGGUUCAAGCAGAGAUUGCAGGAACUGCAGCAGGAGACUGGAAUUGAUAGCUUUAAAUUUGACGCUGGAGAAACAAGUUGGCAGCCAGACGAUCCUCGGCUGACUAUCGAUCUUCACUCGUCACCGCUGAAAAUGACCACAGACUACAUCAACACGGUGGCAUCCUUUGGGCCAAUUGUGGAGGUGCGCUCAGGAUUCCAGAAUCAAUUUCACGACAUUUACAUGCGAAUGAUCGACAAGGACUCUCUCUGGAGUUGGAACAAUGGACUGCCAACACUUGUGACCACGCUUCUGCAGCUCAACAUGAAUGGAUAUCCCUUCGUCCUACCGGACAUGAUCGGCGGCAAUGGCUAUGACGAGAUGCCGAGCAGAGAGAUGUUCAUCAGAUGGCUUCAAGCGAACGUCUUCAUGCCCAGUCUUCAGUUCUCAUAUGUUCCUUGGGACUAUAAGGAUGGCGAUGGCAUUAACAUGCUCGAUCUCUGCAGACAUUUUGUCCAGCUACACGAGGAUUACGCUGAUGUGAUCGUUGACAGAUUCCACCUGGCCGUGGAACUGGGAGAACCAGUAAAUCCUCCCAUUUGGUGGCUGGAUCCCGAGGACUCAGUGGCUUUGGCCACCUUCGACGAAUUCCUGCUUGGCGAUGAGAUCCUCUCGGCUCCGGUUCUUGAAGAAGGCCAAACCACAAGGGAUAUUUACUUGCCUGUGGGAAAAUGGCAAGACGGCAAUAAUGGCACAAUUUAUCAAGGUCCUCAAUGGCUCAGAAACUAUCCAGCGCCUCUCUCUGUUCUACCUUACUUUAUUCACCUCAAAUGAUGAAUGAAAAAAAACACCGAAAAAGUAUUUUCAAAAUAUUUAUUUUGCUCGUGACAAAAUAAAAAUUAUGAAAUAAA